CUGCGACAGACGUGCACACGUAACAGAGACGUCAUAACAUCUGCGCCGUGGCUGCAUGAGGAACGAUUUGUGAUUAUAUGAUGUUUGGAACUGUAACGUUAGGAAUGUAAAACGACAUUCAAAAGUGGUUGGAUGUAAAAGUGUUUAAAGAAUUUACAGAAUGUUACAGAAGUGGUUGAACGUGAGUUAUCUAAAAUGAAUGCAGAUUAUGUUUGAAGUCUCUCGAUUGAUUGGCAUAUUCUCUAAAUUAAGCAUGCGGACACAUGUGGGCUAUAUAGAAUUGCUUUGCCUUUGCUCUUCAGUAAUUAUUGUACAGUUAAACCCGAAGUUAACCCGUUUCGAAACAGGCUGGAACGACGCCCGCUUUAGCAUUUAGGAUGGAGUCAGUUAAAGAGGAGAGUGAGGACACGAGUGAUUCGGAGCAAAGCAAAAUGACAAAUACUGAAGACACUGAGGAACAAACAGGACUAAUUUCUUAGGCGUCUCAUCUCAGGCAGUUGCUUGGAGUAGCAUCUGCCCCAAAACCCGGACGCUGCACUUUCAGGACCGCAUUUCUGGGUACGCGUUUCUAGGACCCUAUGUUUUUAGCGACAACAGAAGCGACGAGUGCACCUGCGUGUUUUUCUGAAGUAUGGAGGACAAUAAGAGUACUUGAUGGAGGUGCAGGGGAACAGUGAGCAGCCAGAUGAAGCGGAGAAGAAACAACUGUAUGAGAAACGCCAUCUUUUCCUGACUGAAGAAAAAUCUUUAACCUGCUCACAAACACCGACAACAACAGAAAGCAAAAAUCCAUUCAGCUGCCCACAGUGCGGAAAGAGUUUUACACGUAAAGGACACCUCGCAAUCCACAUUGCAGUUCACACUGGGGAGAAGCCUUACACGUGCCCUCAGUGCGGAAAGAGUUUCACGUGUAAAGGAAGCCUUAAGGAACACUUCAGGAUUCACACAGGCGAGAGGCCUUUUACUUGCCCUCAGUGUGCAAAGAGUUUCACAAAUUCAGGAGGUCUAAAGAGACAUCUAAGAAUUCACUCUGGGGAGAGGCCUUUCACCUGCCCUCAGUGCGAAAAGAGCUUCCCUAAUCCAGGAGAGCUCAAGAGACACAUAAGCAUUCACUCUGGAGAGAGGCCGUUCACCUGCGCUCAGUGUGGAAAGAGUUACAAGCAAAAAGAAGGCCUUAGAGAACACACAAAAAUUCAUACUGGAGAGAGGCCUUUUGCGUGCAUGUUAUGUGGAAAAAGUUUCACACAACACAGCACCCUAAAGGUUCAUAUGAAAAUCCAUUCUGGAGAGAAAUUGCAUCAGUGCUCUGAAUGUGGCAGGAGAUUUACAGAGGCGUGCAAUCUGAAAACCCAUCUGCUCUUUCACUCAGGAGAACGACCCUUCCACUGCGAUCUGUGCGAUAAAAAGUUCUUUUUGGCCGUGCACCUUAAGACGCACAUGAGGAUUCAUGAAGACGAGAGGCGCUACGUGUGUUCUUUCUGUGGAAAGAGUUUCUUAUGGCUGCACGGCUUUAAAGACCAUCUAAAAACGCAUAUUGGCGACAAGUCUUACGAGUGCUUGGAGUGCGGGAAAGCUUUUGCUAGAGCUGCUGAACUGAAAGUGCACGAGAGAAUCCAUACCGGCGAAAAACCUUACAAGUGUUCGCACUGUGAGAAGUGUUUCACUCAGUCAUCGGGCUUGAAAGUACACGAGAGAGUUCAUACUGGAGAGAAGCCGUACCUCUGCCCAUCAUGCGGAAAGACUUUCAGCCGAUAUGGUAGUCUAGGGAAACAUUUAAAAAAGGCUUGUCCAAAAAUAGCACAGUAAGCACUUUUUUUGAUCACUUUAAUGGCCCCAUGAACACACAUUGUAUGAAAAGAAAGAACAAAUGCUGAGUCACAAUAUAUAUAUUAGGGAUGUAACAAUAUAAAAAUCUCACUGUGCGAGAGUGCAUUUAUUGCAAUAUUUCAAAUGAUGACUUGGAAACGUGCCAUAAGCAUCCUCUUUUCUUCAUCCUCUGAUCAUAACUGUUGCUUAGAGGUAUGGGUUAUAGUAUGAGAUGGGUCUGAAAUUACCUAAACAUCCCUUUUAUAAAAGAAAAUAAUUGCACGAGAUGGCAAUUGCCAAAGGUAACAUCGAUUGUUUUUUUCUAACAUUCUUACGGAGCCCCUUAAGCGACAUGGGGUGGAAAAAAUAUGAGAGGGAAGAGAAAAUAUUUUUUUAAAGGUUUUGCAUUAUUUAUCUCGCAAAACUUUUUGAACACUUCAUGUUUAAUGUCCCGCUGGCAGAAUUUAAGACUAACUUUGUACAUAAACAUUGGUCUAUUGUCGCAGAUUCCCGGAACAAUAACUCGUGAGCUAAACUUUCUUAUAACACAAAUGACACCUCAUUCUAUGUUAUGUAAACAAUUAAUUUUAACUUAAUUUCCCACAAAUCGAGCCUUGUAUUGAUCUCAGGCCGGAGCCGGCUGACACAAGUCCGAAUGGAUCGUCUGUAAAGUGCAAAACCCGAAGAUCAUUAGGUUACUAAAAAUAGUCAUUAACUUCAGUGCUACAUUCUGUAGUAUAACUAAAACCAGUUUAAAUUCAGCAGGAGAGCAUUAAUGUGUAAACUGAAUUUGGUGAGACCACAGUGUCUAACAUUUAAGUUAUUAAUGACUAUUUUUGUAGUAACGCUUUUCGGAUUUACAGUCACUUUGCAGACGGUUUCUUUGGACUUGUCCAUGUCGCCUGCUCAUAUAGAGUUCAAUUUAUAUUCUUGUUUUGAGGAAGACUAGGUCAGAUCAUUAGUAUGUAUGAUAUAGAUCAUUUUCUAAGGAAUUAUGUGUUAUUUGUGUUAUAACAACAUUAGCUCAUGAGUUAUUGGUCCGGGAAUCUACUCUGAACCACUCCAUUGUUAAUGUACGGAGCGGCACAACAGGACGUUUGAAUGUUUUGCGAGAUAACGCAAAUAUGUUUGCGAGAGAACGCAAAAGUUUUGCGAGAUAACACAAAUCCUUUAAAAAUAUAUUUUCUCUUCUCUCUUAUAUUUUUUCCACCCCAUGUCCCUAAAGUGGCUCCGUACAUUCUCUAUGUUAGGUCAGGCAGACCUAUUGUUUCUUAUAGUCAUGUGACCAAGACCACAAUUUUGCUAUUGCGAUAACAUGAUAUCGAUAAUAUUGUUACACCCCUAAUAUAUAAUAUGUACUGUAUAUAUAUUGUAUAUAAAUGCUUGUUUUCUGUAUAGCUGCUUUGCAACAAUGCAAAAUUUCAAAAAGCUCUAUUAAUACAUUUAGGUCCAUAAAUAUUUGCACAGAGGCACGUUUGUUUGUUAUUUUAGCUGUUUUACUAAAUGUGUUUGAUUGAUUCAACUGUAAGUGUGGCGUUUGCGUUUGGAAGCUGUUGCUGUAAACUCACAUCGUGCGGUUCAGGGAGAGCUCCAUGCAAGUGAUACAGACCAUAGUUAGGUUUCAAAAACACCACAAAUCUAUCAGACAGAUAGCAGAAACAUUAAACCAUUAACACUUCUCAUACAUUUACUAUUGGUUAGUGUAUACAGUUUUAAAGGGGUGGUGCAACGAUGUGUCAUGCAUUCUGACUUCUUUACAUUGUUAAACGUGCUGUCUUCUCAUGCUUAACAUGGUCAACUUGUCAAAAAACCAGUUGGGCGUAUGACGUAGUAUUUCUGUGCUCGAUACACUCUCCCAGUGAUCCUACUGGUUUCGGAAAGUUUUUUUCGAACAUAUAAAACUGUUUCGUAACAAUUUUUCUUAGUCCCUUAUUGGACAGUUCUCCCGGAAAAGCACGCGGCAGCAAGGAGAGCAGGAGAAGGAGCAUGCGCUGACGUCACUUUCACUUGUGUGCAGGAGAGAGAGAGAGAAGUUCAGGUGUCUGUUUGUUCACUGCAUUUGGGUGAUGAAUGUUAUAUAAACGGUGGAUAUAACGCUGGAUUUGGAGAUCGUCUGAAACUGAUAUAUGGAGCCGUCCCAGCGCUAAAAGAUGCUGGACAUGAACCGCUUGCGGUGAGUGAAACUGAUGUCUGUGUUUUUGGGGUGUCUUAUUUAAAUCAAGAACUGAGCCAGCAUGAGCAAAAAAACUACAAUCGACAGCCAUAUCAAUGGUUAGUUUUCCUCUUGUUCUUUGUGGGGAUAAUAAACAGUAUCUUUUUUUGCAUUGUUGAGUCACUCUAGAACAAUACACUUGAAGACAUUACAUGCAUUUUAUUGUUUAAGUGUAAUCCUCAUUUUUGUGACCUUUGUAUAUAGCCGGAACAUGUUCUCUGUUCUUUGAUGGCGUUGUGGACCAAUGUGAAAACUUCUUCAUACAGUUUCUUGUUGUUUCUUUGGACAUCGAGUCUAUGAAAGUCUAUUAAAAUAAUUGUUUUUCUCUCCUACUGGGCUUUUUUACAUGAUGUGUCACCCCGGCAUUGAAAUACCUAUUACCCCGGUUUUCUGUCACACAAUAAAGUCAGCUAUUAAAAAUUAAUCUAAUUUGAUGUUUUUCUUGAUUAAUACAAAAUUAGGCUUUCAGUCUAUGACCAGCACAUUUGAAAUGUUAGUGUGCAACAAGCCAUAUGAAGAAGAUUUUUAUGUUACAUGGUCAUAGAGUCUUUCAGUUUAUAGGAGACCAUAUAAAACAUUAAAACGACACAAGACAGUCCCCUGCGCACGCACGUACAUACAAUAAAUGACAUUACAACUAUUUUGUAUGUCACAAUGUUGACAAGAUGGUAUUUUAUUUCUCUUAUUACAUUGGCACGCAUGCCCCCCAAAUAUCUAAAUGUAUGUUGUGUACUUCAUAAAAGGGCACAAGAGGCCCCCUCUAAAGUUAUUGUUUUAAGAGAAGUGAGAAGUUCUUUAAUUGUUUAAUGAAUAUUAACGACAGAAGCAGAAUCACGCAUCCACUUUUACAUUCACUAAAGGUAUAAUGUAUUGUCAAUAUGUCCGUUGUUUGAAUUUUUCAGCAGGAUGUCAGUUGUCCAUGUUUUUGCUUGCGUGGCUGCGGCUGGAGGUGUUCCCAGAAUUAAUAUUAAAGUUAUUAUUAUUAUAUUAAAUCUCAUAAUUUGCAUUCAUCAUCUCUCAAUUACUUUAAAUACGCAAACUCCAAUCUAACUAUACAUGCAUU